AUGGACGAUCCGAAUCAGUUGGAGGUUGUACUAUACCCCGAGUCCAGCCAUCGCCGCAAGUCGUCCCUGGUCAUGGCGGACGACCCCAACACCCGCCCCAACCUCUCGUUCCCAGAUGAAACCACGGCAUGCUUCGUACAUUCACUGAUCGCGGGCGAAUGGGGAGACCCGACUAACCGGAUCAAAGAGGUCAAGGGCUACACGGCCAAGGACAACGAGGCGUUGAACGAGGAGGGCGCGGCGGACGACGACGACAGCAGCGGGAACGACAUGACGGUGGCCGAGAAGGCCAUGAUGCAGUCGCGCCAUCUGACCAAGAAGCAGCUCUCGGACAUGGCGUGGAACGUGCGCAAGCUGUCGAAGAAGCUGGACAGUGUCAAGCUCCGGCUCACGGUCAGGACCGUGUUCCUGGUGACCAAGGCCGGCGACCAGUCGGUCAUCGGCUCGACGCGGCAGGUCGCCCGCUGGCUCCUGUCCCAGGAGCGCGACACGCCGUAUACCGUCUACGUGGAGAAGCGCCUGGAGUCGGACCCGGAGUUUGGCGCGGCGCAGCUGCUCCGCGACGAACCCUCGGCGCGGCAUCGCCUCAAGUUCUGGGACCACGACCUCGCCGCGGAGCGCGCGCACCUGCUCGAUUUCGUCAUCACGUUGGGCGGCGACGGCACGGUGCUGUUCACCAGCUGGCUGUUCCAGCACGUCGUGCCCCCCGUGCUGUCCUUCUCCCUGGGGUCGCUGGGCUUCCUGACCAAGUUCGACUUCAACGACUACCAGAACACCCUGACCACCGCCUUCAAGGAGGGCGUCGUGGUCAACCUGCGGCUGCGAUUCGAAUGCACGAUCAUGAGGAGUAACCCGCUACCGGACGGCUCGCCGGCGAACGCCCGCAAGCGGGAUCUGGUGGAAGAGUUGAUCGGGGAAGAGGCCGAGGAUACGCUGACCCAUAGGCCGGACAAGGUCUUGCAAAUAUUGAACGAUGUUGUCCUGGAUCGGGGGCCCAAUGGGACAAUGUCCUCGAUCGAGCUGUUCGGCGACGACGAGCACUUCACCACCCUUCUCGCCGAUGGCGUCUGUAUAGCUACGCCCACCGGAUCAACUGCGUACAACCUCGCAGCUGGGGGUUCUCUAUCGCACCCGGAUAACCCGGUCAUACUGGUGACCGCAAUCUGCGCGCAUACACUAUCGUUUCGACCUAUCAUACUACCAGACACCAUCGUCCUUCGCAUGGGCGUGCCGUACGAUGCCCGGGCUAGUUCGUGGGCAAGUUUUGAUGGCAGAGAAAGGAUUGAAUUACAUCCCGGAGACUACGUGACCGUAUCUGCAUCACGAUACCCAUUCGCCAACGUCCUGCCCAAGGGCCGACGAGGUGACGACUGGGUACACACGAUCUCGAAGACACUGAAUUGGAACUCGAGACAGAGGCAGAAAUCGUUGGACCCACCACAUGAAGAUAAGAGUGGGAAAUAA